AGUGAGUGUGUGUGGUCGUCAUCCAUUCAUCCAUCCAUCCAUCCGUUCAUUCGUUCAUUCAUUCAUUCUUCGUAUUGCACGUUGGCGGCGGCCUUCAGCAGGUCUUCGGUCACGGUGGGCAUUGGCACGGGAAUGGGCAGCGGCAUCGACAGCGCCCGGUACUCCUCCAUCCCGCCACCGCCCCACAUGCCGCCCCACCCGUCUCCCCCCUGGUUGCCCUGUCCGUACCCGAACUCGCCGCACCCCAUAUUGUGCAUCCCGCCGUACUCCAUGCCCCAGUCGUCCAUGCCUCCACCAUGCCCCUGGUGCUGGGGGUGCAUGUAGCCGCCGUGGUGGGGCUGCAUGUAGGGGUAGUAGGAGGCGUUGUCGUAGUAGUGUGCGGCCGCGUGGGCCUGGGCCUGGGCGUGGUGGUGGUGGUGGGCGAAGGCGGACGAGUCGUUGAAGUCACUGAUGCGGCGAGGGUAGGGGCCGUGCUUGUGGGAGGGGUGGGGGAAGCGGCCGCCGCGGUGGUGCCUGUACCCGUAGCGCCAUGAAGAACCGUAGCCGUGAUCCUGACACGCACAACACACACACACGCGACAGCAGCACAGUACGUGACUCAGUGUUCACUCCACUCACUCCCAGAUUCAUGUGUGUUGCCUGCCUGCCUGCCUGCCUGCCUGCGUCACCCCGCUCCCUUUUCUCUCACCGACUUACCAUGGAUGCAGCUCUGUGUCCGCGCGCCAUCUGCCAGUCGUGUUCGGCUAGAGCCUUGACCACCUGGAUGCUUACUUCCUCGCCGUCGCCCUCACCAUCGGCCUUGUCGACAGAGAUGCCCAGGCUCUCCAGCGACAGCGGGCGGAAGUUGGGUGGGUGGGGACCCACGCCACCCUCCUCCUUGUCGCUCGCCGUCUCCUCUUUGUCGUCCUCUUGCUCGUCGGCCGACUGCUCCUGUUGGCGCUUGUUGUCGGGCGAGCUGACGGGCGAGUUGCUCGACGAGUCGCUGACGCUGGUGGAUGUGGAGCGGAGGGAGAGGGAGGGCUUGGGGGCGGGGUGGGUCUCGCUCUUGGAUGAGGGGGAGGGGGACGACCCGGUGGUGCUCUCAGCACUGUCGCACGCCACAGUCGACGCCACGGACAUGUUGCGGUUGCGCAGCAGGUCAGACGCGGCACCGCCGUCACUUGGCUUGUCGCUGCUCUCGUCGGCCGCCGGCUCGUCAGCACCCUGCUCCUGUCCGUCGGUGUCCUGUUCAUCGUCCUCCUGCUGCUGUUGCUCCUUGGCAUCUUGCUCGUGAGGGUGGAGUGGGAGCAGCACGUCAAAUGCCGGCGGGGUGGCGGGUUUGGUGUUGGCGGUGGGGGUGGCGGAUCGGGGUGAGGGGAUGGAGAAGAACGAGGCGGGGGAGGAUGGCUCCUUGAAGCUCUUCGAGUCCUCAACGCACUCGGGGUGGUCGCGGAGAUCGAUCCACGCUGAAGAAACAGAAACCACAACCACCAAGACGUAUGGGCACGGCGCAUCCCUUUCUUUCCUUGUGUGUGAGUCGAGCUGUGUCUUACGUGUCUGUCUCUCAUUGUGGGUGUCAGGCGAUGCAUCGAUGGCCGUCGAGGGCGUCACGUCGCUCAGAGUGAUGGUGGUGGUGGGGCGGUCCUUCUUGCUUGGCGUCUCGCACCCCUCGAGCUCACCGGACCUCUCACGCUCGGGCUCCAUCGUGUCGGACGACCCGCACACACCAGCAAACGCACCAUCACCAUCCUCGGCCGUCUUGGAAGCAGCGGCCGUGGGAGUGCUGUCGUCGUCGUCCUUUUGCUCCUCCUGCGGCUGGGAGGGGACGAUCUCUGCCUCGGCUUCUGGCUCGGCAGACACGUCCUCCUCAGGCACGGGCUGCUCGCCGUCUUUGGGUGCCUCGCCGUACUCCUCUUCCUGUGCCUUGCCGCCCUCAUUGCAGCCCUCGUGCUGCUGCUCCUGCUGCGCGAGGCCGAGCAUGCGCGCCAGCUCCGCCACCCAUGUGGCAUCAGCCGUCGGCUCGGUGUCGUCCAUCUGUCCCUCCUGCUCCUCGUGAAUGGUUUCCUCGUAGAGCAGGCCCUCGCACUCGCGGCCCGGCCCCGCGGGGGGCCCGUAUCCGUUGAUGCUGUCGGCGGUGCUGCAGCUGCGGGAGCGGUGGGGAUACAUGGGGCCCAGCAUGUCGGCCACCACGUGGUCUGCGGGGCCGCAGCCCAUGCCAGGGAACUCGCCCCCGUAGUGCAUGGCGGCGUCCAUGUCGGUGAAGGCGCCGGCCAUGUUGAUGUCGGCGCAGUUGAUGGACGCCGAUCGCAUCUUGCCGUGGUGGCCGUAUCUGUGUGGGGCGUAGGGCGAGGCGAACGGCGGCAGCGAGUCGAACGAGCAGCCGCGGGAGGGCGGCCCGCGGGGGUUGAAGUACUUCUGCUGCUGCAUCUUCUUGAGUCGCAUCAAACGCUUCUGCUUCUCGGAUCGACGAUACCUGGACGGCAGCAACGGAGAGAGAGACGACGGCAGGGCGUCAGGUGGUGUGCGUGUGUGUGCGGGUGUGUGUGUGUUGGGUCUCACCUUCUGUCGCGGAGUUCUUCGUCGCCGUGGGCAUGCCUGCAGUACUCGCCCAGCGGACACGCACCAUCUGCAAAUCAUAGCGGCACACAUUGGACACACGAGCGAGAUCGAUGAAUGUCAGUCAUCUGUGUGGCUCGUUCACCUUUCUUGAAGAACUUGCACAUGGUCGUCUUGUAGUAGUCGUCGGUGCACCGCAGCUCCGCCACACCGUGAGCAAACUUGCCUGCGAUGCAUGCAAUCCAAUCAACACACACAAGGCAUGACCGCCAUGCGCGGCAAAGUGGUGUUGCUUCCUUACAGUCUCUUCGGUUGCAGAGUCCCCGCUCCCAUGCCUUGCAGAGUUUGGUCUUGUAGAGAUCGACCGUCUCGCGCAACUCGUCCUCGGAGUGGGCGUACGUGCAGCUCUCACCCUUCAGGCAACGACCCUGACCAGAGCGAGGGAGUCAGUGACGACACGCAGCCAUCGCUCAAGAUGCAUUUGCUUUACUCUUCUGUCGCACGCACCUCUAGGAAGAAGGGGCACAUCUUGGUCUUGUAGAACUCUGAUGAUUGACUCAUUCAUACACAUCGCACACAUCACACGCGUCGCAAACAAGCAAAGCACAGACACAGACACAUGGGACAGACAGUCAGACAGUCAGUCAGUCAUCGGUGGCUCAUCCGCCCGUCUCCAUCAGUCAGAUCUCCCCACCCCUCGUGUGCUUACGGUCUGCCGGAGCGCCCCCGCUCUGAGUGCCAUCCUCAGAGUCACCGCACACCGAAUACGCGGACAUGUCGCUGUCUGUCGCACAGCAGGAAAGGCCUCUCGGGAUUGAUUGAGUCUCUGUGCGUAUGGGUUUCCGAGCCACACACGCCCGUCCAAAGUCUUCCCUUAGCAGAG